CCCUGCCUCCUCUUGGCGGUGGGGGUUGGGGAUCGGCCUCUAUUCUAGGCCUUUCGGUUUGCGCGGGCGGGCAGCAGCGCGUGCGUGCGGCGAGGAGGGUGGGAGCUCUCGCGGCCGCUGACGAUGGAGGAACUGGAGCAAGGGCUGCUGUUGCAGCCGUGGGCGUGGCUACAGCUUGCCGAGAACUUCCUCUUGGCCAAGGUUUUCAUCACCAAUCAGGGCUAUGCCUUGUUAGUUUCAGAUCUUCAACAGGUGUGGCAUGAACAGGUGGACACUAGCGUGGUCAGCCAGCGAGCCAAGGAGCUGAACAAGCGGCUGACUGCCCCUCCCGCAGCUUUCCUCUGUCAUUUGGAGAAUCUGCUUCGCCCAUUGUUGAAGGAUGCGGCUCACCCUAGCGAUGCUACCUUCUCCUGUGAUCAUGUGGCAGACGCACUGAUUUUACGGGUGCGGAGUGAGCUCUCUGGCCUCCCCUUCUGUUGGAAUUUCCACUGCGUCCUAGCUAGUCCUUCCCUGGUCUCCCAGCAUUUGAUUCGUCCACUGAUGGGCAUGAGUCUGUCAUUGCAGUGCCAAGUGAGAGAGCUAGCAACAUUGCUUCAUAUGAAAGACCUAGAGAUCCAAGACUACCAGGAGAGUGGGGCUACGCUGAGCCGAGAUCGAUUGAAGACAGAACCAUUUGAAGAGAAUUCCUUCUUGGAACAAUUUAUGGUAGAGAAACUGCCAGAGGCAUGCAGCAUUGGCGAUGGAAGGCCCUUUGUCAUGAAUCUUCAGAGUCUGUACAUGGCAGUCGCCAAACAAGAGGUCCAAGUGGGACAGAAGCAUCAGGGCGCUGGUGAGCACUCCAGAGGAGAUCCUCAGACCUCAAACAGUGCUUCCCUGGAAGGAAUUGACAGCCAGCAUCAAAAUCAGCCAGAAGAACUGGUCUCUUCAGCCCCAACCCUCUCAGCACCUGAGAAAGAGUCAUCGGGUACUUCAGGCCCUCUGCAGAGACCUCAGCUGUCUAAGGUCAAGAGGAAGAAACCAAAGGGGCUCUUCAGUUAACCUCUUGUGGCCCAGCUGCUAAGGAUGGACUUGGAGAAUAGCUUCCAAGCUUCACCUUGAAAGGAGCUUGCAUGGCAGCAAUACCUAUCUAUCCAACAGUGAUACAGUCAGGGUCCUACUGUAAGGGCGAGAGAACUGGGAGUUGGCCUUUGCCGUUCAAGUGGAAGCCCGUCUCUGAGAAUCCCGUGCUCGCCUCUCUUUUAGUGGAGGUUCUGUAGAUUCAGGUUUCUACCAUGGGCUUUAGGUAUAUAGGGCAAGUCAGCAAGAAAGCACAACACACUCAGGAAGCCUUGUCUACCUUUCCCUAAAGUCUCUAGCCAGCCAGCCGCAGAUCCUCCUCAGAGACCCACUUCUCUCUUUUGCAUGGAAUAAAAAGCAUUCACACUCCCCUGCUUUUGGGAUUA